GCGCGCAGGACACCCGCCGCAGGCGCAGCACCUCCCUGCUCCCAGGCAGCGCCCGGGAUAUAUACCCCCUGGGAUAGAGAACCCGUUCCGCGUCUUCUUCCUUCGCACACCACCAUGCAUCCGACACUGUCGCUUGCUAUCCUUGGCCUUUGUUCGUUUGUUGCUGCCCACGGUCCCCUAGCCCAGAGACAGGGCUAUAGUUACGGGGGCAACAGUGGCAGCAAUAGCGGCAAAGGGGGAGACGACGACAACAGCAGCUCCGUGACGGCGACCUCGACCUCCGCUGCUGCUGGUGCAUCUGGCACGGCCGUCUCCGCCGCAAGCACGUCUGGCCUCCAUGGAGGAACGGUGUGCAGCGACCUCUUGUGCAUAUCCGGCCUAGUGAACGGCUCGACAGUUCAAUAUGUGCUGCAAAGCAAGGGUACCGCUACCUUCGGUUGGAUGGCGAUGGGCUUCGGGUCGACCAUGGCGAACACGCCCAUGGUCAUUAUGUGGCCGAACAGCGACGGGACCAUGACGCUGUCGCAACGGAAAGCUCCCCAAGAAGUGAUGCCGACUGUCGACCCUAGCCCGCCCCGGGUCGCGACCGCCAACACCGCAGCCAGCGAUCUGACCGGGUCGCUGCCCAAGGUGGCAUUCACCAUCCCGGCGGACUCGACCAGCGCGACGUCGCAGACUAUCAUUUGGGCGUUCGGCACCACGAACCCCGAAGACAAGGCGGAAGACGCGACGCUCGUCCAGCACCUCGAGUCCGGCCCCAUUUCGAUCGACAUGUCGCAGGUCGUGGCGGAGUCGGACGUCGCGCACCUCGCGAGCCCCGCGACCGACCCGAACUCGACGAGCGGCACGGUCGACGUCCCGCUCGUCCCGUACCAGAAGAUGAUCAUCGCACACGGGCUGCUGUGCACCAUCGGCUUCCUCAUCAUGCUGCCCGCGGGCGCGCUGCUCGCGCGGUACAGCCGGACGUUCACGAACGCGUGGUUCCUCGGCCACUGGGUGUUCCAGUUCGCGUUCGCGGGCCCUGUCAUUAUCUCCGGCAUCGUGUGCGGGAUUGAGGCCGUCAAGACGCAGGGCGUGGAGCUCGACGACGACCACAAGAAGUGGGGCUUCGCGCUGCUCGCGCUGUACGUUGCGCAGCUUGCCCUGGGUGCAGUCAUCCACUGGAUCAAGCCGACGUCGUGGACUAUCGGGAAGCGGCGCCCGGCGCAGAACUACUUCCACGCCGUGCUCGGUAUCCUCAUCAUCGCGCUCGCGUUCUACCAGGUUCGCACUGGAUUCCGCACGGAAUGGCCAGCCAUGUCCGGACGGCCGCCGAUCAGCAACGCCGCGAACAUCGUUUGGUACAUCUGGGUCGUGCUGGUCCCUGUCCUCUACUUCGCCGGUCUCGCGCUCCUCCCCCGUCAGUUCCGCAUGGAGCGCCCACACCGCAAGGCACCCUCCGACGAGUACACAAACUGAGAUCCAACUCUCCCCUCUUGCUCCCCUCUCAACGAUGUCGCGCAUGUUCGCCGUAGAGCGUCUCAGGGCGCUGCGCCAUAAUCCGGCGUGGAUAGAAAAUCGGUAACGGACGAUGACGAAGAUUUCACGACGCCCUUUGUAGAUACGAUUCUCAUGUGUGUCCUCUGCCCCCUCCGAGGGGCGUAUUUUGUAGCUUAUACCAGAUACUCUGUGCCGCUGGACAUUCUAAUCACUAUACCUCACCUGAUUCUACCUAACGUCGCGUUUUGGUACCGCUUGUCACGGCUCACUUGAAA